AUGAGACGCGGUAUAUUCCUCGCUGUGUUGCUCAGCCUGGUGUUGAGCCUUUCGAAAGGACAAAACACUGAGAAACCUGAGGCAACUUCAGCUCCAGCAGCCACCACAACUGCAGGACAAAACACUGAGAAACCUGAGGCAACUUCAGCUCCAGCAGCCACCACAACUGCAGGACAAAACACUGAGAAACCUGAGGCAACUUCAACUCCAGCAGCCACCACAACUGCAGGACAAAACACUGAGAAACCUGAGGCAACUUCAACUCCAGCAGCCACCACAACUGCAGGACAAAACACUGAGAAACCUGAGGCAACUUCAACUCCAGCAGCCACCACAACUGCAGGACAAAACACUGAGAAACCUGAGGCAACUUCAACUCCAGCAGCCACCACAACUGCAGGACAAAACACUGAGAAACCUGAGGCAACUUCAACUCCAGCAGCCACCACAACUGCAGCAGGGAACUUCUGUUACCCAGAUUCUUGUGGAGCAAGUUUGGCUCAAUGUCUUUCUUUAAAUAGCACUUAUACCUGCCAGUGCCCAUAUGGACUCUACUACAGCGAUAAGGGUUGUCAGACAGGGAGAACAUUCUCCGGGUUCAUUAUACUGAAAGAAAAAUACAGUGAGAAUGUUCACAAUAUAAAUUCUGCGGAGUAUGAAAAGGUGUUCCGAGAGAUACAAGACUUUUUUCAGGAUGCCCUCAAGGAUUUAGGCUUAGAACAGACUGUCAUCGUGAACAUUCAACCUGAGAAUACAUACAGAGCUUCUGAGUCCAUUAAUGUAACAGUGACAAACCUGUUUGUGAAGACGUCAAAUGCAAACCAGGAAAAAAUUAGUGAUGCAAUAACGAAAGCAAUAGCUAACAAUGCAUCCUAUGUCUCCAAGUACAACGGGACAACCAAUUGUGUUGCUUUUGGCUGUGAUCUUCGAACCACAGAGUGCAUAGAUGGAGAGUCCCCAGAAUGUGUGUGCAAAAAGGAUUUCUCCAAGACAAAAUGGGAUGUUCUUUCUUGUUCAGGUUGCAAUGAGAACUGUUCUCCACUUGAGAAUGAGUACUGUGCCAUAGAAGAAGAGGUUCCAUCAUGCAAAUGCCUUCCCAACUUUCAAAGGGAGCAUGAAACAUGUGUAGCCUGUCCAGUGGGCUACUCUGGGGAGGACUGCAAUGACAAUACAGAACUCAGCCUUAUAAUAGUGGGUACCGUGUUGGGAGCCCUUAUCCUGAUUUUAGUUAUAGCAGUUUCUGUCAUUUCUGUAAGAGCCAAACACAGAAAAGAUCCAGAGAAGAGGAGCCUGAUAAAGCAAGGAUAUUACAACUCUGAAGAUGUACACACCACAGUGUUCCCCAGAGUCCAGACCACUUCUGGUCAUGCAAAUGCAGGAUACCAGCCAAACAAUCCGUAUGAGAUGCGUUCCACAAAUAGAGGACCAUUUCCAGAGAGGGAUUAUGAGGAAUCGUAUGACGUGUCUGGGGAGCCUCAGGGCUUUAGGAUGCCGAGGAGAUACUAA